UUCUGUUGGCCAACCUUCCGGUGGAUUCUCUCCGUUGUACAUAACUUCGCUUUGAUUAGGUGGAGUUGCUGUAGAAACGCGAUAAAGUUCGUCAUAUUCGCGGCGCGGCUUGCUUUGCUGAUCUACUUUACGGCCGUGCGUGUGUGAGUGUGUUUGUGCAAACGCGGUUCUCGCCGCCGUUUUGCAAGGUUUACAAUUUAUCAGCUCGCAGCAGCAGCAGUGUGUGAGAAAAACGACGAAGAAGGCGGCGCAGUCCCGGUUUCAUCAGUCAGUCACACAAAAGGACACUGGUGGUGGAGGAAAAUUCAUCACACUUUUCCCGUGGAAAAAAGGCAACCCUCUUCAGCAGGAACCACAUCCCACAGCCAGACACACUUUUUAACGGCGCAGCGAAAAACUUGCAUCACUAGACUGUUCUUGUGAGAUGGUAAUGGAAGCACAACCUUCACCGCAAAGCGUUGGCCGCGAAUUCGUGCGCCAAUAUUACACGCUGCUGAACAAGGCGCCGGAUCAUCUGCACCGCUUCUACAACAACUCGUCGAGCUUCGUCCAUGGCGGGUUGGAUACGAAGAACCAGGAGGCGACGCUGGUAAUUGGCCAGAAGCAGAUCCAUAGCAAGAUCCAGCAGCUGAACUUCCGCGAUUGCCAUGCCAAGAUUAGCCAGGUGGACUCGCAGGCGACGCUCGGGAACGGUGUGGUGGUGCAGGUGACCGGCGAGCUGUCCAACGAUGGCCAACCGAUGCGCCGUUUCACCCAGACGUUUGUGCUGGCCGCGCAGUCGGCGAAGAAGUACUACGUCCAUAAUGACAUCUUCCGCUACCAGGAUGUGUACUCGGACGACGAGAUUGACGAGAAUGACCGUUCCGGUGGGGAGGACGAGGGCGAUGUUGUGGAGAACAACGCCAUUGUUGAGCAGCAGCAGCAGGUCGUCGCGCAGGUUGCCGUUGCGCCGGCCGCGGUCGCUCCGACUCUUGGUGGACUUCCAACAGCCCCGCAGCAACAACCGCAGCAGCAGCAGCAGCAGCCGUUGUACUAUCCUCCGGGUGUGAUGAAUACGGCCGGACCGACUGGAAUGAUCCCAAGCUACGGACAACCGCAACCUGCUCAGCAACAGCUGAACGGCGUUCACGAUGAUCUGCUAAAGUCUGUGCCACCGCAAAGCGCUGCCCAACUGUUGCAGCAGACCGCUGUUCAUCCUUCGGCGGUUCCUCAGCCAAAUCCGGUUCUGCAGCAGCAGCAGCAGGUUCCGAAUGUGGCCCCGGGAAUGCCUUCAGUCGACUCGAUUCCACAUCUUGCUCAACAGCAGCAGCAGCAGGUGCAGUCGGUGGUUCAGCAGCAACCCGCAAGUCGGCCCACGGCCACGGUCGUCGAGCAGUUUGUCCCGGUUCCCCAGCAGCAGGUGCAGCAGCAACAACCCCAACAACAGCCCCAGCCCAUUCCCGAACCCGAACCCCUCCAAAGCUCCCUGGCCAUGAACGAGCUGGAGUCGGCGUUACCCUCUUCGAACGAUCCAACUCCGGCCGAGGCUAGCGACGCCCACGACCAUCGCCACGAGCAACAGCAGCACCAGCAACCUCCCAACGAACCCAAGACGUACGCCAACCUGGUCAAGUCGGGCGGUUCCGGCGGACCUGGCCCGUUGAGCUUCGCCUCCGUUUCGUCCCACCAUCACCAGCAACAGCAGCAGCAGCAGCAGCAACAGUCGUCUCACCAGCCCCAACAGCAGCAGCAACACCAUCAGCAGCAGCAGCAGCAGGGCUACAGCAAUGUCACGGCAGGACGCCAGUCUGGCCUUUCGCCGCCGCCGUCGGGUCUGCAGUCGUCGUCGGGUGGUCGCGACAAGUACGACCGUCAGUCGUCCCAGCAGGAUCAGCAGGGUGGCGGUCUCGGCGGUGGCCCGAUGCCCCAGCGAGGAGGUGGCCCCAACCAGCAGCGACCGAUUCGCGGCAAUGGCCCGCCGAGCAGUCAGGGGGGACCGCUCCGGCAGCAGCAGGACGGCCGACCGAGCUAUUCCCGGGGGUAUCAGAACGACGGAGAUGAUCGUCGCCAGAGCAGCACCUCGCAGCAGUUUGGCGACAACCAUCAGCUGUUCCUGGGCAACAUUCCACACCACGCGACCGAGGACGAGCUGAAGACGCUGUUCAGCAAGUACGGCACCGUCGUCGACCUGCGGAUCCACUCGAAGCCGGGCCAGAAGGUGCCGGGAGUGCGCGCCCCGCCCAACUACGGCUUCAUCACGUACGACGACCCGGCGGCGGUGCAGAACUGCCUCGCCAACACGCCACUGUACUUCCCGGAGAACUCCCCCGACGGCCAGAAGCUGAACGUGGAGGAGAAAAAGACGCGCAGCAGUAUGCGCGGGCCGGGUGAGACCGGAGGUCGUCUCGGCGGUCAGAAUCUGGGCGGUGGCAACGGAAGCAGCGGCGGUCCUCGGGGCGGUCCGCCCGGCAGUAUGAGCCGCGGAGGUUCCGGCCAGCGUGGAAUGGGCGGUGGAACCGGACGCGGUGGAUAUCAGGGCCGCUCGGACAGGGGCAGUGUGUCCGGGGGUGGUGGCGGCGGCGGCGGCCAGCGGCCCGGCAAUGGAAACUAUCAAAACCGCUAAAUAAAGUGUGCGGCGGCGACGGCAUCACUCGCGCGAGUAAACAAAAGAGAGAGUGCAGAAUAACAAAAAAAAAAAACAACAGAAAGAAAAUCCAUACAAAAAAAAAUGUGUGUGAGAAUCCCAACUUACGGUUAAAAACAUGUGGCAAUUUUUGAGGAAAUGAAACACACACACAAAUACAAUAAUGUCUAGUUGUAAUACACACACACACUCGUCACAAACGCGUGGCGUGAAGAAUGUAUGACUUAGCUCGUAUGUAAAAUUAGGGAAAAAUGUAGACUCUUUUUUUUCUGAGAAAGAAUAAAACCCAGCUAGAGAAUAGGUCUUUCCUUUUUUUUAAACUUGUCGCAAGCAAAAAAGAAGAAAAACAAUUUUAGCCCUUGAAAAUUUAGCCACUAAACAGCAGCAGGGAAGAACGCUAUUACCAUUAACAAGUACUACUAUUCACAGCAACAGCAACCACUUUGUAAACUGUCUUCUAAAGCACAGACAAACAACGGAAACAAUCCCUUCUGCGAACGGAACAGAGAUAGAAAAGAAUAAACAAUUUCUCCCCCUCGCGGCAAACAAGCAAACCUACUACUAACCAACCAAACAACCCAGAAUCAGUGAGAGAGAAUCGUUUGUUUUUCUAGCUGUCAGAAAAUGCUUUUUAUUAAAUAUCAACUUUCAACGACAACAAAAAAAAAGAAGAAGUUAUUAGUAUUCAAACAAGUAAAAGAGCAAAUGCAACAAAAAAAAAACUCUUUAUAAUUUAAGAAUUAGGAAACUCAAGCAGCAGCAGUGCAGAAACCACACACGCAAUUAGGUCAAAAGAAUUUAGGGUAAUAUCUGUAUGAAUAGGCGAACCAAAACUGAAAUGGAAAGCAAGAGCAAGCAAGCGGACGCGCGCGCGCUCGAACAGGCAUCGUCGACGUGUCGUCCGGACGAAAAAUUACUACUUUUAGAUAGAGAACUGUGUCACCAAUUAAUUCAAGCCUGAGAAAAAGGAAGGAAAACCGCAUUCGUUUCAGUUUUACACACAAUUUAGGGUUUAGUUCUUAACUUAAAGAAUGGUAACUGAUUACUAGUAAUUGUAAACCUAAGCAAAAGAAAACAAAACAAAAAAGCAGGCAAGCAGUACUAAGGAAAACCCAACUUUAGAAAAGAAAGCAAAACAACCAUCGUCAUCAUCCUCUCAACCCUGGUUUUAAUUUCUGCUGGAGAGAAUCCACGGUGUGAAACCACGAGAACCAAUAAAAUGAAACAAAAACAAA